GAAGCCGAUGGAGACUCUCCUUCGCUUGGCAUGGGUCGAGCCUGCGUAUGCCGCAUGUAUGAAGAUUGCCGUCGACGUCGGCUUGUUCGAGGCGCUUGGCAAGCCUGUUGAUGGCUCGAGGUACACGGCAGAGGGACUCGCCACGUCGACCAAGACCGAUCCGAAGCUCCUGGAACGCAUUCUCCGCCUGCUCGUCAGUAUGGGAGCCAUCGGGCAAGUCGAUGACGACGCAUUCGUUGCAACAGAGCUUUCGAGUUCGUUGAUUGAACGGCCCUGCAGCUCAACAGUCGAUUAUCGGUGAGUGCGAGGAGGCGGGGCGCUGGCUGACCGGCGCUUUAACCAUUGGAGUUAGAUAUAUCGUCGCCAACCCCAUGUUCCAGCAACUCCCGAGCUUCUUGAAAGAGACGAACUAUAAGAACCCAAGCGAGCUCCUCAACAGUUCGUGGCAGCAUGCUCUCCAAACGAAGCUCUCCUUCUUUGACUGGCUCGGCGGCAAUUCUGAAGCCCUGGACAUGUUCACCAACCACAUGGCGGCGUACACUUCGCAGCGAGGCACAUGGGAGGAUGUCUACCCAAUCGGGGACCGACUCUUUCAACAUGGCGAGGACGUGGAGAAGAUCAAGGAUACCAUCCUGGUCGAUUUGGGUGGCGGAAGUGGCCACGAUCUGAAACGCUUUGCUUCACACUUUCUCUGCUCGGUUCACAGACCAUGCCUCGUGCUGCAGGAGUUGCCAGAGGUCGCCGAGCAGGCGGAAAGCCACGGGGAUUUGCCGGCCACGAUUCAAAUCGUUCCAAUCGAUCUCACAAAAGAGUCCCCAGUCGUGGGCUCUCGUGCAUACUUCAUGCACUCUGUGCUGCAUGACUGGCCUGAUGUCGAGGUUCGUCGGAUCCUCGAACAGAUGCACUCGGCCUUGUCCCAGAAGACACCCGAUGGACGCACGCCGAAGUUACUGCUGAACGAAAACGUGCUCCUGAAGCAGGGCGUUCAGCCGCAGCCGGCGGCGUUGGAUCUGAUCAUGAUGGCUGCUUUUUCGUCACAUGAGAGGACUGAGGAUCAGUGGAAGGCUUUGCUGGAGUCUGCAGGAUAUAGAAUCACGGCCAUCUUUUCCAAGGCUGGUAUUGAUGAGGCGGUGAUUGAGGCGGAGGCCGUGGAGCAGUUUCAAUAGGGGAAUAGCAGGUAGGAGAUUCGGGAAUGUCGUUACACUAUAUCGUUCCAACUGUCCCAGUGAUUGGCA